AGGAGAAUGCGGAAGCGCCAACCGGAAGUGUGACUAGAGUCGGUACAUUUGGAAAAAGUUCAUGCGGGCAGAUCAGAUUCGCUGAUGAUCGUCCCCACGAGAGCUUGUCAGUACUAACAGAAUGGUGCCUAACGCCAGCACAGCACCGUAAAGUGAUAUAAAUUAAGAAAGGGCGGUAUUUAUCCAUAAAACAGUAGGGAUUGAAAUUAGACGCGUUGUCUGACUGUACGUUACCUGUACUGUUUUGCCAUAACUGCACCUUUCCAGAGAAAAACGAACAAUCAAGAUGUCUGACUCCAGUAGCAGCAAGCCCCUUGUGGUAACUUCCUCCGUCUCCCUCAAAGUUACCGCUCCUUCUUUCUACAACCAGCCCAAAAAGUUUGCAUCCGUCGCUCCUCCACGGCCCAAAGUACAGAUGGCCCCAUCACAGCCCUCAUCAUUUGCAAGCACUGGUGUGAUUGGACGAGUUGGAGAGAUGCCCCCGCCGCCUUCAGCUGUUUGUGAGGACUUCCCACCCCCUCCUCCUCCUCCGUUGGAUGACGCCGAGCUCCCAGCCCCUCCUCCAGAAUGCCAAAUCACACCCCCUGCAUCUGAUGCCCUUCCUCCUGCAUUCCCAGCCCCGCCCCCAGUUGCAGAAGACCUGCACCUCCCUGCACCUCCCGAGGAGUUUAUCUCUGUACCUUCUGCCUCAUUCCCCCCACCCCCACCACCACCACCUCCUCCUCUCCCUGAGACCGGUGCAGGUGUCAACUCUCAGAGGCUGUUCGAGAAACAGACAAGUUUUGACAGGCAGCUGGGCUCUUUGACCGAUAUGUUAUCAGAGAUGGAAACUAGUGGACCUUUCAAUCCAAAGUUGCCAAGCCAGUUUUCAUCAGCACCAGCUCCGAAGCCAGUAGCACCACCACCAACCGCCCCUAAGCCCGCCCUUUCCUUUCUGCCCCCUCCUGAGCUGCAGGAUCGUCCUCCCCCCGCCCCUUGGGCUGAGGAGCUCCGUGCCCGAACACGGCCGGCCAAUCAGAGCACAGCCUCUGCCCCCGCUCCUGUACAGUCACUGGCUAAAGGCCCAGCUGUUGCUCCAAAGACCAACUUCCCUCCCAGUCAGCUGAAUUCAAAUUUUGGUUCCAAAGCAGUUAGCCCUGCACCUUCUGGAGGCGCAAGAGUGUUUAACCAUGCCGUUAAAACCCCCGCCCAAAGCUCUUUCCCACCACCUCCUCCUGCAGCUCCUCCUGCCCCUGUUGCUCCACCAGUGAAUAUUCCCGCCUCCACACCUGCUUUCAAUCACUCUGAAACAUCUCCCAUUCGCAGUCAGCAGAGCUUUGCUCCGCCUUCUCCUGCUGCACCUAAGAAGUCACCCAUCUCAUCAUUCAGCAGACCAGCAGGAAACACUGUUCCACCAAAGGUGUCUGGUUCUGGUGGAGCUCCUCUCACUAUGAGGGAGGUAGAAGAGCUGGAGAAAAUGACUAAGGACUUUAUCAAAGACAUGGACAAGCAUCCUCCUGUGAUCACCUCUCCAGCUACAGAAGUGUGUGGUAAAUGUGGAGAAGCUCUGUCAAGAUCUCAGCCAGCAGUAAGAGCGAUGGAGAAACUCUUCCACUCCCAUUGUUUCUGCUGCAUGACCUGCCAGCGCCCCCUGCAGGGCAUGCAGUUCUACGACCACAACGGCACGCCUCAGUGUGAGGACUGCUACAUGAGUUCUCUGACUGUGUGUUCCCGCUGUGGGGAGCGGAUCACAGAUCGCGUCCUGAAGGCGGUGGGCCAGUGUUUCCAUUCCCACUGUUUCCGCUGCACUACCUGCAGCUGCACACUGGAGGGCGCUCCAUUCAUCACCGAUGACAACAACAACCCCUACUGUGUCAAAGAUUACCAUCGCCGUUUCUCUCCACUUUGCGUGAGCUGCAAUGAGCCGAUUGUUCCCGACCCUGGAAGUGAAGAGACCAUCAGGGUUGUUGCUUUAGAGAAGAACUUUCACCUGAAGUGCUACCGAUGUGAGGAUUGUGCUCGUCCCCUUUCCAUCGAGGCAGAUGCUGAUGGCUGCUACCCAUUGGAUGGCAGAAUUCUGUGCAUGAAGUGCCACGCCCAACGUGCCAAGCAGGCCAAGCAGUGAUUGGUGGAAACUUAUACAAAACCUAAACCAAAUUUAAGACACAUAAUUGGCUCAGCUUUGAAAAUGUAUGUGUUGUAAUUCUCUCUUCCGUUUCACAUUCUCAUUUUCCUCAUGUUUCCUCAGUCAGUUAGCCUUUUCUCGACAAAGCUCUGCUGCUUUUUCUGAAUGGCCUUAUUCAGAGCCCAGCCCAUAGCUUGCCCUGUUUGUCCUGGCGUCUUUCUGCUAGGGCCUGAUGUGUGCGAGCACAACGUUAGUGCCUCCAUGUUGACGGUUACAUACGACACAAUUUUUACCCCUAGAUUGUUUGAUAUGUAAGGUGUCAGAGAAGUGAUUUUAGGAUUUUUUUUGUGUCUUGAAUUUUUACUGUAGUGGCUGACUCUGUGCAGAGGUAAUGUACUGCACUGCCGUUUGAACUGCGCAGUUCAGCGAGACGUACAACUCCCAGCAUGCCUUUAAAGAAAAAAAACUCAGAACAUCCAUAAAUUGUACCACAGCUGACUACUGAGGCAAGACGUAUAGUUUGUAUAUCCACAGCCAUCCAUGCACUUUCAAUAAGGCUUUUCUGAAACAUACAUUGUAGUUGAUGAUAAGGGCUUUUUGUGAAAUUGUAGUCACAACAAAUGUAAAAUAAGCAAAAACAAAGGCAGGGAAAGAUGCAUGCUUUACUUAUAGAACUGCUUACCUGUAAAUGAACAAACAUUUUAAAAAGCACAUUGGUUUUGUCCUAAAACAUGUCGAACAAACUAUGUGAUGAUACAGUUAAAGAAGUUUGAAUUGAUUAUCAUGCCAGUAUCAGUUCAAUUGUUUUUCAUUCCAUAUAUUGCCAGAGGUAUUUAGCGAUUGCACAAUUGGUAGAUUUGACAAUUAAGUAUUUCCAAAGAAAAGUACAUCAAUCACUGAGCCUGAGCCUAAGUCUAUGACAUCGUAGCUAGAGCUUUUUUUUUUUUUUUUUUUUUUUUUUUUUUAAAUGUCUGGAUUAUGGAGAAGAUAGUAUUAUCUACACAGAAAGCUAAAACUAGAGCCUCCAGGUUAUAUACAGCAAAAUUCAACAUCACAAAACUAGUUUUUGAUUAAAAAAAACAACAGUGUUACUGUAGACAAACUAACAUUCUGAGCAAAUUGAACUCUUAAAUGUUUCUCAGAAAUACUUCAUUUUUAACAGUCACCAUUCCCCGUGAUUAAUGCACAGAAUUCCAGUUUUCCAACAUUGACAUUUUAGCUUAUUUGUCUUUACAAUAGCAACUACUGUCUAACUAAGACCACUCAUUUUGGCUUUAGGGUAGCACUCGUAUUAUUUAGAAUAUUGCAUCUGUUUUGCAUAGCUCAGAAACAUUCAUUUUAUCUACGAACCUCUGUGUGUUUCUCUUCUUGGCCUCGUCCCUUGACUAUAUUAUGUCCAAGAAAUUCUAGUAUUUGAUGCAAUCGAAUAAAACAAUGGCUCCAGUUAUAAAAAUAUUACAUGACCAAAUCUAACACGUUAUGCAUGAUUUGUUGUUAUUACAGUGUUUUUAUACGUUUCACAGUUGCCUCAUUUUCAUGCUGGUAUCACAAUACUGCUGAAUUCAUUAAGGACCAUUUGAACACUCAUGGUUUAGCCUCCAUGUAUUUACCAUUUAACAUUACUUUUUUUGUAAACUCAACAUCUAAUUUUCUCUCUUAAUAUGUGAAUGUGUGUAUGUUUACUGUUGAAAGUAUGCCAACGUGUUAUUUUUGCUAUCAUUGUUUUUCUUCCACAUUUGUACUGUAUUCUGAACUAAUAAAACUAUAAAAUUGA